AGCCGGCCCCCAGUAAAAACCGCUUCGUAGACGACCUGAUUUUGAGCUGCAGAGGAUCGGCCCCAAGAACCAUGGUCACCAGGAGCUCGUGUGGGUCAGUUUCCAUUCUAUGGACUCGCACUGUUCGCCUUUUAUGCUUUUUGUGUAGUUGUUCCUGUGUCGCAGGAGCGUCAUCGCGCGCCGAGCUAGAUGGACCAGCGACAGCACCCGACCGCCCACCGGUCGUUCCUCGCCGCACUAUCAUCUUCUCCUAUGACCGCCGCGACGAUGAGGAAAUUCCGUUUCUCCCUGGCUUCCGCAGGGUCAAUAGCCUCUACGCCGAGCGACAUGAAGAUUAUGAGUACCGGUUUUACCAAUCGAGCAGUUUCGACGAUCUCGUUCCGCCGACCUGGAUUAAGGUGUUCCUUGCGAACGCGAUUUUCGAAGAAGUACUACUUGGAAAACAAGCUACAGGAGCGGCGUCGUGUCGUGCUGCCGACACUUCUUCUUCGAGUUCCUCUCCCAACAUCAAGAAGGUUAGGAAAACUCCAACUUCUACGCCCCCGGCUGCACAUGCCGUUGAUGCUGAAACAGUGGCAAAAAUAAGAGAGACGGUGACAACAAAGGCAGGCACGUACGUGACAACGAACUCAAAAAGAACCUCUGGUGCCAGCAGCUCUUCGUGUUUGGCAGCUACCGAAACCGGCACGAGGACUACCAGCGUAGCAAUUGCAACUUCUAAGAACGAUUAUCCUGAGUAAAAACGUACCCACACCAGAGUCAGGAUGAGGAUUUUGCAACGCAAACCUAUGUGUUUUGUGAGUCACGCAUGACAAGGCGCACUAUGCAGCGUAGUGCAGGUUAGCAAAUGCAGCCGCAUCACAGAUUCAUCUGCUCAUCCUGUUCACAGCAUCACAAAUUCCAAAACACGACUGGAAAUGGCUCUCAUCGGGUUGCGCAUUACAAGUCUUCCUGUCUUUGCAAAUCUGCAUUACAACUCUGGCGUGGGUACGUUUUUACUCAGGAUAACGAUAUCCAGGUCCUCUUCCUCGACUCCGAUGCAGUGUGGCAUGCGCACGACGUUCGAUUAGAGGAACUUUUCCCGGAAUCUAUGGCCCCGGACUACGGCUUCGUCGUCGGCCCAUCAGACGCGGACGGCAGGAGUUUGUUUCUCCCGCACACGAAUUCCUUCCUGGCACGCGGGGAGCGGGGGUUUCAGUUGUUGCGAUAUUGGAAACAGCACUACUUGGAGAGUGUGAGAAAACUUUGGUUUGUUUUCGCGAAAAAUCAUGGAGACGGCAGCGAGACUGAAAUGAGUGUGGCGCCUCCACAGAAGUGGGAACCCGCUCCGGAUCCCUCAUCAGCAGGUGAAGCAACGCUACUGCAUCAGCGGCAAGACUCCGAAAUCCGUGCCCGGGAGCUGCAGUGGAAGUGUUUCUAUGAUCCGGCUGCAAGAAGAAGAAAAACCGCGGCCAAUGUUGGCAGUGAGGUGGGUGUUGAUGAACUAGCAAGCAGUACUACUGGUACUGGAAGCAAGGCUGCGCCGACAACCACCACUACGACCUGUUCCUACCCAUACUACGGGUACGAUCCUUUGUCUCUGCUGCUCCUCAUGAAGCGUUUUCCGGACGGGUUUGCGGUGCUGCCCUGGAGUCGGCUGAACAACUACUUUCCUUGGACCGUGGGGGUCAGGAGAAUGACCAGUAGAAUGCUCGGUAGAAGAAACGGGGAACAAGAAAUACACUACUUGACGCUGGAGCACGACGAUAAUGGUCUCCUUGUACCUGCUUCAUCACCUUCCUCAUCUUCGACUUGCGCAGUCGGUGCUGCUAGCAGCGGUCAUCACAAGUCUUAUGAAGGCCUCAGAAUGGAAAUCCUCAAAGUGGAAAUAAUUUCUGAUGCAUGGAAUGCGACGCAAGAGAGACUGUAUUGCAGAGGACGCAAUGGAGGCCGACUAUUAUCCUGCUAGGGGUGAAGAAUUGGAGUGCUGCUUAGCACGAGAGAAGGGCACCCCUUUGCCUUAACCUGCAUGACAGACAUGCUUUAAGUGCCCGGGAAAUUUGUCAUGCGCCGACUACAAUAAAUGGCGCUUCAACUGGAGUCGUUUUUUUGCAUAUACAAAGUAUUUCCACUUUGAGGAUUUCCAAUCUGAGGCUUUCAUACGUCAAUCUUCGAUCGUCCGUGGAUCGACGGCCCGCAGAAUUUGAACUUUCAAACUCUAUGCAUUGCAAAUACUAUGUCUAGGUCUGGAAGAGGAUCCAAACUUGUCAUGCUGUGUUUGGAUUCUAAAAAAAUCUGUAUUGCGUGAACAGCAAAUAAAGAGGUCCAGUUUUCGCGACGGCGAGAGGGCAUUUCUCAUGCUGUAUAGGCAUCAGGAAGCCCUCACAAAAUCUGUGAUGCUAGAACAUGGAUCACAGACAUCAGGAGUAAUGCAACAUGUGCAUGGCAAACCUUGCAUCCUUCCAGACCCGGACUACAUAUUUGCAUUUGAUAAACACCCCUUCUUUCAGCUGGCACUGGUGGUGACGGCUUUGCGUCAACACGCAGCUUUUUUUCAACAUCCGUUGGGCCAUUUGCAUCUUCUUCUUCUCUAUCUCCCGCGAAGAAAAUGCAGUCGCUGAGCCACAACUUGGAAAUGAAAAAGAUCACGGCAGAGUACAAUGGGAGGAAGACGGUCGCAAGGUACGUUGGGACGACGAGAAAACAGGCAGAAGUAUGGGAGUGUCAGAAUUGAAAUCGUUAAAGUUGAAAUAGUUUGUCAUGUAGAAAAUGCAACGCAAAGGCUGCCUCUAGUGCAGAGGACGCAAGGGAGGCAGAUUGCAGUGCUGGUAAGGGUCGAGAAUUGGGCUGCUGACUAGCAUCACAGAUGGGAGCCCCUUUGCCCUGAACAGCAUGACAAACUCGCUUUCGGUAUGGACAAAAUUUGUCAUGCACCGACUAGAAACUGCGGGUCCAACUGGUAUCCAUUUUCUGCAUCACAAACUAUUUCAACUUUGACGAUUUCAAUCCUGACGCUUCCAUAAGAAGUAGUAGACCAGUAUAGCCAUCUUCCCGUUCCCCGUCGCGACUGGGUCCUCUGCAGCCACUUCCACUGGAAGGACCGUUAUGAAUUGCAAAAAUGUCUGGGUCUGGAAGAUUGCAACUUGUCAUGGUAAAUCUGAAGCAUGCAAAAAUCUGUGUUGCAUGAGUGCCAAAAGCUGUCCACUUUUGACCAAGUUGGAGCGGAGUUUCUCAUGCAGAAUAGGCAUGGCAGAGGCCUCGCUGAGUCUGUCAUGCUAAGUCCCGCAUUCCAGACCUCAUGGGUGAUGGAAAAUCUGCAUGACAAGUCUCCACUCUUCCAGACCCAGACAUUUUUACAUUUGAUAACCGUGCGUGGGCGGCGAAUGAGCAACGGUUGGGAUUCCGCUCCUUCUAUGCAUAAUUGCAACUAUGUCAUCCGGGUCUGGAAGGAUGCAACUUGUGAAGAAGAUGUAGCUACCACUGGACUCGUCUCCAUCAAAUCUGUGUAUUGCAUGAACAGCGAAAGAGGUCCAGUUUUUGCUACGCCGAGAGGAGCCGUUUCUCAUGCGGUAUAGAGAUAAGAAUGCCCUCACAAAGUCUGUGAUGCUAGAGCAGGCUUCACAUCAGACAUCAUGGGUCAUGCAAAUUGUGCAUGACAGACGUUACACUCGUCUUCCAGGCGGAGACAUAGUUGCACUUCAUACCCUCCUGUACCUAGCUUUCGCCGCGGAGUACAUGGGACGCUACUGGUAUACGAAGAAAAAAGCUCGUGUAAGUAUAACUCUGUGAUGCAGAAAAUCCAAAACAGUUACACUUGUCAUGCUCAUGCUAGCCAGUUAUAGUGAUAGCGUUCUCUUUUCUCCCUUUUUUUUCACAUACUGUGUAGCUGCGCAUGACAGGAUAGUUUCUCUGUCAUUCAGGGCAAAUUUGUCAUGCUCUUACCGCAAGACACCUAUCCUACGCUAACACAGUUUUUUUCUUGCAUAAGUGGCCACAAAUACCCUUCUAUCGUGAGAAAAAAGUGUUACUGCAGUGACACACCUUGUUGCAAGACAAGCAAGACAGACAACGCAACCUCUGACUCUGUCAUGCCGGAAAUAAUGCUCCUUCCCAGCCUCAUUUAUAUGCGUGAUUUCUCUUAUAAGCUGCGCCGUCCAACAGGUUUUUCUUUUUUCCUCCACGCAGAGCAAGUUUGUGUCGCUGUUGAAAUUCCAACAUCAAAUGUGUAACUGUGACACGUUUUUUCUGGGAUACCCUCCGCGCCAUUCCGGCGUGGUUAGAGCGAGGGUUUGAAUUUAUCAGCGAACGACAUGAUCAUGAACGAGGACCUGGCACAGCUGUUGGACGGAGCAGCAAGAACGCAACGUCCGCAAGGACAGAAGAUGGCACGGGGGACAACUAUCCUGUGCAAAAGUAUCGUACUCGUAGUCAUCGCAGCUAUGCAUUACAAAUCUAGUUGGUUAGGUAAAUCCGCAUUGCAAAUUUGAUUUGUAAUGCUGAGCCAACUUGUAUUGCGAUUUGUACUAGUACGAUACUUUUGCAAUGCAUAACACUAUGGGAACUACAACCUCAAGCGUGACAACUGCACAUCAGGUCGUCCUGUCCCAACAAGAAGACGCGCUCUACCGCCUGCUUCGUGAUCGGGUACGGCAGUUUGAGGGCUGGGCUGUGGUAAAGGCUUUGACGACACUGCAGAAGAGAAAACUAAGUGAGCACUUCUUUCCGAGGGAGUUGUUUUUUGAAAAUGAGCAGUUCGAGAAGUCGGAGAUUAUGCAUAAUAUGCAGAACUGGAAUUACACCCAUGAAAUGAAAAUCGUUGACGACUUCCACGAUGGAAUGCUGAUGACUGUCACCACGAUGGCCGCUCACGAUCCCAGUGAUAGUGAUCAAGGAAGUCUGAAGAUGACAACGGGACGUCGAGAUCCUGACGUUGAAAAGUACCUUCGUGAAAAUUUUUUGGUGCCUCAUGAAGCAGAUGGUGACACCAACGGUCGUGUAGUUGCACUCUCCUCUGAAGAUGUUGCCGGAUAUUGUGCUAUUUGCGG